AUGAGUUCCCAACAGCAGGGACAGGGCGGUGAAGCCGAGAAGAACAUUGAGAUCUGGAAGGUCAAGAAGCUGAUCAAGCGUCUUGAAUCUGCCCGCGGAAAUGGUACCUCCAUGAUUUCGCUCAUUAUCCCCCCCAAGGAUCAGAUUUCUCGCGCCGCAAAGAUGUUGGCUGAAGAAUACGGUACUGCCUCCAACAUCAAGUCUCGUGUGAACCGUCUGUCCGUCCUUUCGGCCAUUACCUCCACUCAGCAGCGUCUCAAGUUGUACAACAAGGUCCCUCCCAAUGGCCUGGUCGUCUACUGUGGUGAAAUUAUCACCGCGGAAGGAAAGGAGCGCAAGAUUAACAUUGAUUUUGAGCCCUUCAAGCCUAUCAACACUUCGCUCUACCUCUGUGACAACAAGUUCCACACCGAGGCCCUGAGCGAGCUGCUUGAGUCGGACCAGAAGUUCGGUUUCAUCAUCAUGGAUGGUAACGGUGCGCUCUUCGGUACCCUCAGUGGUAACACUCGUGAGAUUCUGCAGCGUCUGUCCGUCGAUCUUCCCAAGAAGCACGGUCGUGGUGGUCAAUCCGCGCUGCGUUUCGCCCGUCUUCGUGAGGAAAAGCGUCACAACUACGUUCGUAAGAUCGCCGAGUUGGCUGUUCAGAACUACAUCACCAACGACAAGGUCAACGUCGCCGGUCUCGUCCUGGCUGGUUCCGCCGACUUCAAGAACGACCUGAACCAAUCCGACAUGUUCGAUCAGCGUCUGCAGUCCAAGGUCAUCAAGGUUGUCGAUGUGUCCUACGGUGGCGAGAACGGUUUCAACCAGGCCAUCGAGUUGGCAGCUGAGACCCUGAGCAGCGUCAAGUUCAUCCAGGAGAAGAAGCUGAUCGGCAAGUACUUCGAGGAGAUCUCCCAGGAUACCGGCAAGAUUUGCUACGGUGUCGAGGAUACCCUCAAGGCUCUGGAGCUCGGUGCCGCCGAGACUCUGAUCGUCUUCGAGAACCUGGACGUCACCCGCUGGGUUCUGAAGGAUUCCGCUGGUUCGGAGGUCAUCCUGAACACCACCAAGGCCCAGGAGGGUAACCGUGAGAUGUUCCAGGACAAGGAGACUGGCGGUGAGAUGGAAGUCAUCGAGUCGUCCUCCUUCCUGGAGUGGCUGGCGGAGGCCUACAAGGACUUUGGUGCGGAGCUGGAGUUCGUGUCGGACCGGUCCAGUGAGGGUAACCAGUUCGUCAAGGGCUUCGGUGGUAUCGGAGCCAUUCUCCGUUAUAAGGUCAACUUUGAGCAGCUCGCGGAUUAUAGCGACGACGACGAGUUCUACGACGAUUGA